ACCAGGUCAAAAUAUGUUUACAUUUCGUUAGUUCUCAAUGGCAGAGAAUUGGUCUAACCUCGUAGAUUUGUGCCUAGGUCAGGCUAGGGAAGAGAAGCGCAAUUCCCUCAAAUCCUUGCGUCGAGUUAGUGUAACAUUUGCAGUUCCCCAAGCGCGGCCGGUACUAAAAUAUCUGCCCACAUAUCGUCUAGAACCGAAAUAUCCUCUGAAUAAGGAGGCCUGUGAGAACAUCAUAAAAACGGUGAUGAACAAUGCUUUUGAGAACUUUACAUAUUCACCAAAACAAUCGCUGGUACUGUGCGCACAAAUUAGUGAGGAGAUAAAAAAUCGUGUAAAAUCGCAACAUUUUGACCGAUACCGUUAUAUUUGUGUCGUUACCAUCGGCGAGAAGAUAAUGCAAGGCUAUUGUUCUUUGGUCAAUUUCCUGUGGGAUGCGGAUAAAGACGGUUACAUUUCUUACGUUCAUGAUACACCAAAAUUUUUCGGUGUUGCUACACUUUAUUAUUUGUAUUAUGAUUAAAAACAAUAACUGUUUUACUUUAUUAAAAAAUAGUUUUACUUGCAUUAUAUGUAUGUAGAUAUUUGCUAAAUCAAUUACUAAAAUAAACACAUUUCGAUUUAAAAAUAUGCGAGUUUUAUUUCGUAUUUUGAAAAAUUUUGCAUAUUUUGUACUACCAAAUCUUCUGCUAAACAAUUGCUCUUAAGGUACUUAAGUAAUACAAGGAAGGUUUUAAAUAACUCUUGUCUGACCCGAAGACUAAUCAAAAUGAGCUUGCACAGUUUUAAAGUUUUAGUUUUGAUACGCUAAAGGUCCUGCUUUUUCAAGAUAUUUUGAGGACAUGUGAACUCACUAGGCUUCUAAAAGCAUUCAUAGCAAGGUCGGAUAGUUGAAUUUGUAUAAAGGUGAGUUUUCACAGGGUUGGAUUUUUAUUCCUGAAUUCUUUAAAAAA